GCGGGAGGGUGUCGGAUAAAAAGUGCGAGCAGGCUCGGGAUGCCGGGAAAGCACUGCGAGGAGAGACAAAGCGCUCAACAUGGGUAACUGGAUCAUCAACCAUGGACUUACAUCCUUCAUACUGGUGGUGUGGAUGGGCAUCAACAUCUUCCUUUUCGUCUGGUUUUACCUCUUCUACGAUUUGGGGGAUCAGUUUUUCUACACGCGCCAUCUUUUAGGGUCUGCCUUGGCCUGGGCCAGAGCUCCCGCAGCCGUCCUCAACUUUAACUGCAUGCUGAUCCUCCUCCCGGUGUGCAGGAACCUGCUGUCCCUGAUCCGAGGCUCCUUCGUGUGUUGUGGCAGAACAAUGAGGAAACAACUGGACAAAAAUCUGAGUUUCCACAAGCUGGUGGCGUACAUGAUAGCUCUGAUGACGGCCGUUCACAUGAUCGCCCAUUUGUUGAACGUGGAGUGGUACAACAACAGCAGACAAGGAGUUUAUGACAAACUCAGCACUGCUCUGUCCAACCUGGAGGACACAGAAAACACCACCUACCUGAACCCGAUCCGCAAGACAGACAUUGAUAAGCAGCAGAUUCCCACCUACUUUGUGUUCACCACCAUCGCUGGCCUUACGGGCGUCAUCAUCACGCUGGCCCUCAUCCUCAUCAUCACCUCCUCCAUGGAGGUCAUCAGACGCAGCUACUUUGAGGUCUUCUGGUACACCCACCACCUCUUCAUCAUCUUCUUCGCUGGUCUCGUCUUUCACGGAGCCGGGCGCAUUGUGAGGAGUCAACAGAAAACCGAUCCACCACACAACUUCACCUAUUGUAAAGACCGCAUUGAGGAUUGGGGACGGAUCCCAGAGUGUCCCAUCCCUCAGUUUGCAGGAGGGUUCCCGCAGACCUGGAUGUGGGUGAUCGGCCCAAUGAUUCUGUAUCUUUGUGAGCGUCUGCUGCGUUUCAUCCGUUACAUGCAGAGAGUCAGCUACAGGAGGAUCGUGAUGCGGCCGUCCAAGGUGCUCGAGCUGCAGCUGGUGAAGAACGGUUUCAAAAUGGAGGUGGGUCAGUACGUCUUCCUCAACUGCCCGGCCAUCUCCCAGCUGGAGUGGCACCCGUUCACCAUGACCUCCGCCCCGGAGGAGGACUUCUUCAGCGUCCACAUCCGCUCGGCCGGGGACUGGACAGACAAACUCAUAGACAUCAUGCAGCAGCUACCGGAGGGAGCACAGGGACCCAAAAUGGGCGUGGACGGGCCCUUCGGCACAGCCAGCGAGGACGUGUUCGACUAUGAGGUCAGCAUGCUGGUCGGCGCCGGCAUCGGAGUCACUCCGUUCGCCUCCAUCCUCAAGUCCAUCUGGUACAAAUUCAAAGACUCCAACCCUAAACUGCGCACCAGAAAGAUCUACUUCUAUUGGCUCUGCCGGGAAACACACGCCUUUGAAUGGUUCACUGACCUCCUGCAGGUGCUGGAGAGGGAGAUGGAGGAGAGGGGCAUGGGGGACUUCCUCACCUACAAACUCUACCUGACUAAAUGGAAUGAAAGCGAUGCUACUCAUGUGAGGGUUCACUCUGAUGAGGACACAGACGUGGUCACUGGGCUCAGACAGAAGACCUACUACGGCAGACCCGCCUGGGACAAGGAGUUCGAACAAGUCCGCAAAGAGAACCCAACGUCCGUGGUAGGAACUUUCUUAUGUGGCCCUGAAGCUCUGGCAAAAGUCUUGGAAAAGAAAUGUGCCAAAUACUCAGACGUGGAUCCUCGGAAAACCAAGUUUUACUUUAACAAGGAGAACUUCUGAGUUAGAAACAACAGGAAUGCAGCAUUUGGGCUCUUUGUAGGACUGUCGGUGGGGAAUUUUCUUUCUCCGUGGAUCAUUUUAAAACAAUGAUGACGGAGCUGCUUGACAACCUGCUGGGUCUGUUUUGCCACGCUAAACUGUACAGCGACAAAGAAGUCGGGCAUGUUUUUAUCAGCGCUACUUAGGGCCUCACUUUCUUUUCUCUUUGAUGAAAGCAUGAAUGAUCAUAAUAUCAUAAUCAGCUCUGACUCAUGAUCUGUACGGUCAAUUACACUCAGACCAUUGUAUAAUCAUUCUAUCAUUAACUUUAAGCUGUGUUUCUGGUGAAGCCCGUGUUGUUCCUUAUGGCCUGAGAUUGAACAAGUUUAUAGGAAAACAUUUGACUGUUACAGAGAGAUAAGGACCAAAAGAAUUUUGUCUCCAUACUAAACUUGCAAAAAAAAAAAAAAAAAAAAUACUUUUUUGUACAGACAGUAGACAAAUGAAUGUUCUUCUUUCAGAUAGGUAUGAUAAUUUACAGCAGUGUAGCUAGAUGCAACUUAGAUUAUUUCCAUUAUCCAAUUUUCUGGCAAUUAUUUUCUAAAUUGUUUCUUUAAAGUGUGUGAAUGUCAGAAAAAAGUGAAAAAUUGCCUCCUCAUAUUCGUCAUUUUUAUCCAAACAAUAGUCCAAGACCCAAAAAGAAAAUCUCCAAAUCAUCACAAAUAAGAUGCUGGAAGAGGGAUUUGACAUUUUUCUAGAAAAAUGGAAAACAAAUCAAAAGUAUUGACUCAUUUUCAACUAAUUGUUUUAACUCUGAAAAAGAUAUUUUCCCCUCAACAAAUAAUUAGCCCAUUGUACUGUGUGUCUAUAAAUACUGUAUAUAUCAUGUUGUAUUCUUGUAAACAAUUCUCUAUUUUUUUUAAAGCUUUAAUGGUUAAGGAAGGUGGUUUCUGGGAAACAGCCAGUUUAUUACAGCCUGUCGUAUUUCCUUGUGUGAGAGUGAUAAGAAGCCUGUAAUCCAAGAAGGGAACAGUCACGUAGCCUGUGGUUAGUCAUCCUCUGAAGAAAUGGAAGGACUUUUAUUACUGUUUUACAAGUUGCUCAUUUUGCAUUUCUUGUAUACAAUUCCAAACUCCUGCUGAAUAAAUGAAUAAAGGCA